UGUUGCAAGUCAACAUGGUCCGACACUGUUUGUCCAAUCCUGUAAGAGAAUUUGUGCUGACAUGAUCGUCUUCGUCUCGCUAUAGUAUGGUAAACUUGGUAAUUGCGGCCAGAUGCCUGCGUCGGAGCCAAACGCGUCAAGCGCGUCAUCUCGCUUUCUAUCUGAGCGCUGCGAUCAAAUUGUUCCCACGAUUCCGUGACAUGAUACUACUUCACGCUCCAGACAUGCUCGUUAUGGUCGAGUAAGAGUAGACGUGAAGUGAACGACAUGAUGGAAAGCUUGGCGGAGGCUGGGAUUAUCGAGGCGCACAGGCCAUCCGCAAAGCGCAAGUUUAAAAAAGUUUUGGCUGACGGCGCAUCUUCAACUUCUCUCUUCCUUUCUUUGACGCCACGAAAAAUGGCGGACGUAAUCUCAUUCGCACCUCAGCACGAGGAGGAGUUGAGCGAUGAGCAGAUGCAGGAAAUGCUCGCUCAGGCUGCGCAGCGCCGCAAGCAGAAUGCCAGCGUAGCGCUUUUCGACAAGGGAGACGACAAGGCCAACCAAUUCAACCUCCCCAAGCUCAACACUGGAGAGAUGGUGCAGCCUUAUGUGUCGAACGCAGGGGAUAUCGCGACUGUUGAUCGCUCGCGCUUGUUGGCUGAACAGGACCGCAAAUUGUCGAACCAGAUUCGCAAGGUGGAGGAUCCUGUGGCUAUCAAGAAGAAGACGCUCGAGGUACGUUUUGUCUUUCUCUACUCUCCUAUCACCACUCGCCUAUGAGGAAAAUUAUCCCAACUUUUUCCUGACGCGGAAUCAGGGCACCGUCUUGGUGCCCCUCUGCACAAACUGAAGCUUUUUUAUUCAUAGUUACUCUGAGGCACAUU